AUGGACAGUAACAGUAUUCCCCCCAUGCCAGCUUCGGAAAUCUCAAAAUCAACCUCUGGAUAUCCACAGAAAAAAUCAGAAACCAGAGAACCUAUUAGUACACUGGAAAAAAAGUUAGAUAGGGGACCGCAAUCAGAAAACACGAAGCUGGACGGGCAGUCUGAAAAGAAGGUAGAUUCGAUUCAAACUAACAGUAUCAAACUCGUGAAAUUCACGCCAACAAGCAAGAAGUGGGAAAAACCAUCCAGUGGUAGUGCACCAGGGACACCUGUACGACGGAGGGAGCAAUCUACAAAACCUUUACCUCGUUCACAGUCCUUAAAGCUAGCAAGUCUAGAUUCAAUACCCCUACCCGGCGUAGACACGGAAGGACGUAAUAACGAAGAAAAGAAUGACAAACUGCUGGGACUACUUCGCUCUAAGAAUGCGCAUGGGAACUUUUUAAAUUUGACCAUGAGCAAAGAGGAAAUGGCUGCUGCACCAAAGUCAUACUCAACUUCUACCCGAGAAUUUAUAAGCUCUAAUAAUACCGCUAGAAUACGAACUUCUCCUGUAAGAAAAGAAAUAACUAAUAUUGAUGUUAACAAACUAGCUGAACUUAGACGUACGUCAUCUCCACGAGAUGAAUUGAAAAAGGAGGAGCGUUCUAAUGAAUCGAGGGCAAAUAAUAUGUCAUUUUCUUCUAGUGUUGAAGAGCUUCUAAGGAGGAGGAAAGUCAAGCAGCAAAGCAGGAUACCUAACUUGCCUUUCAGACAUGCACUAAAUUUUCCUUUGGCAGUCAACCCCGAAAACAGUGAACUAGCCAAAAAAAAUGCCGAAAAAUACAAACUCCAUAAACCUGUUUCAAGUUCAGCUGAGGAUCACGAUCAGACUGAAACGGUAUCGAAUGAUCUGAAAAAAGCAGGCUCUGAAGGAAGAGAUGUGCAAGUUCAAGAUGCAGCUGAAAAAGAAUCAAUAGCCCAAACUCUCCAUACAGAAAAUUUGCCAGUUAUUAAGUCUUCGAAAGUAAUGGAGACGCAAAUUAGGAAAGGCGCAACUGUUGAGAAGGAUAACAUACAAAAUGAUGAGGAGAAGCAAGAGGUGUCAAUCAAAGAGAACAGCAACAAAAGUACCACAUAUAAGGACGGUAUUCCAAGUGCAAGUUCUGCUAGUCUAGCAGCAAAACCCGAUAUGAGGAACAUCGAUGAUGAGUCAAUAAGAAAGAGCAAGGUAGUUGCUGCUUUUGAAGAACAUUCACAAUUAACCGAAACUCCAGACGUUUCUCAUUCAAAGCAUAUAAUCCUUCAAACUCCUAUGAAGCGGCAUGAAAAUUCUUCAACUUUUAAGAAUAACAAUAAUUCAGCCAUCCUAAAAUCUUUGAAAGCAAAAUGGAAAGAAAUACUUCAAUCCGAGGAUCCAUAUAGCGGAGACCGGGCCAAAGAGCUAGUAAAGUUUUUUGGUGAUACCCAGGUGGGGCAAGAAAGAAUCGACACUUCUCAGGGGCGGUCUCUUCUAAAGAUGCAUCCCGGCAUCACUAAGGCGGAUGAUUUACCUCACGAUCCUAUCUUUGACGGCUUCAGACCUACUGUCGUAUUGACUCAAAACGGGAAUAGAUUAAUGAGUAGAAAUGGCGUGUCGGCCGCCAACACUAAUUCAAGUAAUAAUGCGACUGGGCGAAAUCCGCAAAAUGCUGUUGACCAUACCAACAAACAAUCGCCUUCAAAGCCACCAAAAGUUACAAACUCAGGAAAUUCGAUGGAAACUAAUAUCAAUGCCAUCAUCCAAGAGCCUGCUCCUUACCUAACGGUACCAAGGGAAAUUCCUAGUGAGAAAAUUCCAAAGUUAAAUCCAUCUAAUUCAGGUACUCCACGAUUCAGUAAGAUCAAGGUGCCACAUAUAAAUCUGAAAAGCACAUUUGCGUCUAACACAAACAGCACAUUAGCUUCGAAUACCUAUCGAAAAAGUAUCUCACCAAAAAUUUCUGAUCCUGAAACUGAAACCAGAAAAUUCAAUCGAACAUUUCCCUCGAGUGUUCUAACGAAGUUGCAUGGAAAACGUCGUUACGGUCGAGAGAUUAUACAGGGCUUGGUCCAAACCGGCGUAGCCCAACAUAAACCUUUCAGUGAAGAUUCCGACGUAAGUGUCACUAAUGAUAUCUGCUCAGCUAGCAAUUACGAGGUAUCUUAUGCUUACUAUUACCAACAAUUGCAGAGAAGGGGUAAACUUGAAUAUCUAACUCUCGAUAACCCAACUGAGACUAAGUUAGUUGAGAACGCCUCUGUAUUACAUCAGCCAACAUCUGAUUCUAGCGUCAGAAUGAAACAUGUGAUGAGUAGCCCCGAAAAACUGAAUGGCAAAUCAGACAUCGAAGGUUAUUCGAAAGAGGGUUGGAUGAAAGAAUGGCGGUCCAAACUAAGGACAUGCACAGUCUAUUUUGAUAUACCUGGUUCUUCGGAAAUUGGUGUUCCGGGAAACCAGACAGAUUACUUGAAAAGGAUAUUCGAGGUGGAUUUUGGCGUCAAGUUAGCGAAAACCUUGAAUGAACACGUAGAUUUGAUGAUAAUAAAUGAAAAUUGUGAUGGCAUCGAUGAUAGAAUUCCGUUCUCGCAAACGGUGACGAAUGCAAUUCCAGGUGUUAAAUGCGAUAAGAAACUAAGGGUGUGGAAUCAAGCAAAAGCUUGGCAAUUCAUUAAAAAUUUGGGGAUAGUAGUACCGCCUUUUAAAUCCAUCUCUGCAAUGCAAGUUCGCUCGAAAGAUAGUAAACAGAAGGAGAACUUAAAUAAGGAAAUGGCCGAGAAGAAUGUGGUGGCUGUAAAAGCAACAGAAGAAGAACUAAAAGGAAAAGAAGUGAAUGUUGAACAACAAAAAGAAAAAGAAGUAGAGAAGAGAGAGUCAGAGAAGAGAGAAUUAGAGAAGAGAGAAUUAGAGAAGAGAGAAUCAGAGAAGAGAGAAUCAGAGAAGAGAGAAUUAGAGAAGAGAGAAUUAGAGAAGAGAGAAUUAGAGAAGAGAGAAUUAGAGAAGAGAGAAUCAGAGAAGAGAGAAUCAGAGAAGAGAGAAUUAGAGAAGAGAGAAUUAGAGAAGAGAGAAUUAGAGAAGAGAGAAUUAGAGAAGACAGAGACAGAAAAGAGAGAAUUGGAGAAGACAGAGACAGAAAAGAGAGAAUUAGAGAAGAAAGAAUUAGAGAAGAAAGAAUUAGAAAGGAAUGUUAAAAGGAAAGAGGCUGAACGAAAAGAAGUAGAAAAGAAAGGAAUAAAGAGAGAAGCCAAUGAAGUAAAAAAGGCAAAGGUUUCAUCAGUUAAAUAUAGCAGAAAUAAAAAUAUUGUUGAAGGCCAAAAACAUGAUCGCGGAAAAAACCAAAAUUUGCCGAUCCUGGCAGAACCCUUCAACUCUAAUCCGGUUCAAAACCAAAAUGACCAAAGCGAAAUUUCAGCACUCGAGCAGGAAAGCGACGAUGAAAAGUCAUACUUAGAGGGCCUUCUAGAGAACGCUUCCAUCAUAACGGAUGCGAAAGACAAACAACUUGAAGAUGGAAGAAGGCUUGUACUAAAACUUUCUAGAGAGGUGAUGCUGAGAGAGCUCAAAAUAACUUCACUUGAAGGUCAACUAAGAUCAUCUCAAAAGGAGAUAGAAAAAGAACGGUCUACUUUGGAGGAUUGCAAAAAGUUAUUGACUGAGAAAGAUCUCAUAAUUUCUGAGUAUCAACAACAUAUCGAAACCCUCACGCAAAAUAAGCGCUCAAGAGACAAAGACGACAAGGACACACAGACAAAAAAAAAGUACCGGAAACUAACAAAGUAA